AGUGUGCUUCAGGUCAGUGGUAUAAACACAACAAACUGCACUGGGACACUCUGAGUUUAACUUCUGCGUAUCCACAAUGAAGAACGCUGUGGUGUUUUGCCUCUUCAUCACUUUUGCUGCUUUUCAGCUUAGUGAUUCUCUUGAGUGCUACUCGUGUCCCAGAGGUUCGACCCAACCGUGUGAAGUGAAAGAAACAUGCGCCAACAGUCUGAACGGCUGCCUCAAACUCAAACAUGCAGGAAGUACAUACUCUUCCUGUGUGAACUACAAUCACUGUGACUUCGACUCUCUCUCGCUGAAGUACCCUCAGUUCCCUCAGUUCAAAUUCUCAUGUUGUCAAUCCAACCUCUGCAACGGUCGCAGCAUCGCUGAAAAAAUUAAAGAUUUAUUUAGUUAAAAAUGAAAUAAACUGGGUGCAUUUUUAACAUAGUAAUUCCAAGUGGCCUUUAUUACUAUUUCUUAUCAUUUUGUUUACCAAUUUGUCUACUAAAUAAAAUGAUUAACUACUAUAA